UGUCUUGAUGUUUCUCAGCUUUGUGUUCUGAAGCUCUUUCUGUAACUUGUUUAAAAAAAAAGAAAAAGAAAUCCUCAUGCUUUUUGGGGGCCGGUUGGUCUGCUCGUCCCUGAAAAAAUGGAUGACAAGUCCAGCAGCCACCACAGACUCCUGGUGGUCCUGCUCAUGGUGUUGAUCUUCGGCGUCAUCAUGAUCCAGUACGUGUGUCCGAGCAGGACCGAGUGCCAGAUGCUCCACCAGCUGGGGUCCUGGCUCCACAUGGCCGGUGCUGCGGGUUCUCUGAACGGCGGUGACAUCCAAGAGAAACGGGAUCCGUAUAUUGCAGAAGAUGGUGCCUUGGUGCGCUUUAUCCCGCGUUUCAACUUCACCAAGGCAGACCUGAACCGCGCUGUGGAUUUUAACAUAAAGGGAGACGACGUCAUAGUAUUCCUGCAUAUCCAGAAGACGGGCGGCACCACGUUUGGCCGACACCUGGUACGGAAUAUCCAGCUGGAGAGGCCGUGCGAGUGCCACGCCGGCCAGAAGAAGUGCACCUGCUAUCGGCCGGGGAAGAAGGAGACGUGGCUCUUCUCCCGGUUCUCCACCGGCUGGAGUUGCGGCCUCCACGCCGAUUGGACAGAGCUGACCCGCUGUGUCCCAUCACGUAUGGACUCCCAGGAGGUGCCCAAGACCAUGCAGAGUAGGAAUUAUUACUACAUUACCAUCCUGAGAGACCCCGUGUCCCGCUACCUGAGUGAAUGGCGUCACGUCCAGCGCGGUGCCACCUGGAAGGCCUCCCUGCACGUGUGCGAUGGACGCUCGCCGACGUCGUCCGAGCUGCCCAGCUGCUACCUGGGCGACGACUGGUCGGGCUGCUCCCUGCAGGAAUUCACCGACUGCCCUUACAAUCUGGCCAACAACCGGCAGACGCGCAUGCUUGCCGACCUCAGCCUGGUGGGCUGCUACAACGUCUCGGCCAUGAGCGUGGAUGAGCGCUGGGCCGUGCUCCUGGAGAGCGCUAAGCGGAACCUGCGUGGCAUGGCCUUCUUCGGCUUGACGGAAUACCAACGCAAGACCCAGUACCUGUUCGAACGCACCUUCAGCUUGGCCUUCAUUGCGCCCUUCACGCAGCUCAAUGGCACGCGGGCCUCCGGCGUGGACGUCCCCGCCGAGACGCAGCGCCGAAUCCGCCAGCUCAACCGCUGGGACGUGGAACUCUACGAAUAUGCUCGAGAUCUCUUCCUGCAGCGUUUCCAAUUUGCACGCCAGCGGGAGCGCAGGCAGGCCAGGGAGAGGCGCCAUCAGGAAAGGAGGCGGCUACGCGGCAAGCUUACCAGGCUUACUACAAAGCAAGGACGCCAGCAAAAGACCACUCAAGCCCCCCCUGUGAUCGAAAAUCACUUGCUUGUAACUCAGUCCCAAGAAAAAGUUGAGGAAGAUGAGAGUGUGGAGUUUGAUGGGCUGCUCCCAGACUGGUGGGAAAUGGAUGAGAGCGGCACCAUGGAGGACUACAUGGACAAUGUGGAGCAGUGGAAAUGAACUUUUUUUUUUUUUUUUUUUUUUUCAAACUAGAAUGAAUAACGCCUUACUCAGUUGAGCAGAUAUGAUCUGAGCCAGAAGAAAUGACAUUGAAGCAACUGCACGAAUAACCUUUACAGAAUAUUUCUGUUAUUUAUAUCAAUUGUGCUUAAAAGACCCGACUAUGAUCUUCACUUAUUGGAAUUUGUUUACACUACCACACAGUUCAGUUUUUUGUUUUAAAUGGAUUUUUAAAUGUUUUUCUUUUUUAUCAAAUUGAUGUCCAAGAACCACAGUAUGCACAUUACUGAUGUUGUGUAAUCAUGGGAAUCCAUGUCUGUCUGUUUUCAUAUGAUGUUUCAUUCAUUUGCUUUUAUUUGUCUUAGUCUUAAAUAACCACAGAGAGGGUAUACUAAUAAUGCACCCUUAACUUUAAAUCAGUCAACUCCAGGACAAUCCUGUACAAGUUCAGUAACUUUGUGAAAAAAAGGACUGUAUUGCUUAGGUGGUGAAAAGAAGAACCUAGUCUUCUUUUACGUGCAGUAUUUAAUGUUUAUAUUGAUUGACAUUGCUUGGGUUUGUUCAUUCCAAUAUGGUCCAGUCAUUUUGCCUUUCAGUUUUAUUUUUCUUUGAACAACACACUACCUUUUCUUAAAAGACACAGUUUGCGAAUAGCAAUGUUUUUCAAAUUGGCUGAAGUUGUCAUACAUUUUAAACUAGCUUUUAUAACAAAGAAAUAGAAGAUACCUCAGCGUGUAGCGUAACUGAUAUUUGUUGUAAAAGCUGUGAAUGUUUCAAUGUACUGUAUCUUGUCUUUUGUUGUUGUUGUAAAUAUACAAAAACUAUUUUA